AUGGCGGGGGCGGCGUGCCAGCCUGUGGCCAGGCCGAGCCUGACCUCCAUCUCGUCGGGGGAGCUGCGCAGCCUGUGGACCUGCGACUGCGAGCUGGCCCUGCUGCCGUUGGCGCAGCUGUUGCGCCUGCAGCCCGGCGCCCUCCAGCUGCGCGGCGACCAGCUCGUGGUGCCCGGGCCCGGGGAGCCCGCGGCCGCGCGCGGGGGCUUCAACGUCUUCGGCGACGGCCUGGUGCGCCUCGACGGGCAGCUCUACCGCCUCAGCAGCUACGUCAAGAGGUAUGUGGAACUGACCACCUACUGUGAUUACAGAGACUACAGGGAAACUAUAUUGGACAAACCAAUGCUGUUCUUUAUUUACGUACAGACCAAAAAAGACACCUCAAAAGAAAGAACAUAUGCAUUUCUUGUGAACACAAGACACCCCAAGAUAAGAAGACAGAUAGAGCAAGGGAUGGAUGCGGUCAUCUCUUCAGUAAUUGGAGAAAGUUACCGGCUUCAGUUUGACUUUCAAGAUGUAGUGAAGAAUUUUUUCCCUCCAGGAAAUGAGGUUGUUAAUGGAGAAAAUUUGAGCUUUGCAUAUGAAUUCAAAGCUGAUGCAUUAUUUGAUUUCUUCUAUUGGUUUGGGCUCAGCAAUUCCACUGUAAAAGUGAAUGGAAAAGUUCUGAAUUUGACAAGUACAAGUCCAGAAAAGAAGGAGACAAUUAAGUUAUUUCUGGAAAAAAUGAGUGAACCUUUAAUCCGAAGGAGCAGUUUCUCUGACCGAAAAUUCAGUGUCACUUCCAGAGGUUCAAUAGAUGACGUUUUUAACUGCAAUCUGUCACCCAGAUCAUCUCUGACAGAGCCUCUGUUGGCAGAAUUACCAUUUCCAAGUGUUCUGGAAUCUGAAGAGAUACCCAACUGAUUUAUCUGCCUGGACUGAACAUUCCACCCUCCAGGCCUGUGCUGGACUGCAGGUCGAG